UCAUGAAAAAUGUUAGCCUCGCUUUGGAUUUAUUGACAGAAAUUGUAAAAAUUCUCGGAAAUCAAUAAACAGCAAUAUACACCACUAAACACACGACCGAUUGCUUAUAUAUGCGUCUGGGAGAUGGCGCUAAUGUCAACUGAUUAAUUGAAACUGGAAGUAUCAUCUAAUUUAUUCAUACACAUUUCUGAUUGGUUCAUCGAUCUAACACCACCUAUAAAACGACAUGAGUUCUGGGAUUCAGGUAGAACCACCAAAUCAAUUGAAUAAUCAAGACGACUCAAAUACAAUGAGUGCUCGCAAUCGACCAAGCAGCGCAAAUUCGCGCACCGCAUGGAGCAGUGGCAUAGAAAAUCCCGCUGGCCCAAGCAGUCGACCAGAAUCUCGUCAAAGUAACCUUGGAGGGAGCUAUGGAGGAGAUGGAUUCCGUCAAGAGGCUGAUCUGAAUGCAGCCAUGGAGAGUGAGUUGUAUGCUGUUGAGGGACCUAUUGAAACCCGUCCCAUCAAGAAUGAGGAGACAGGAUGCAUGUCCCGUUUCUCAAACGGGGUUAGGUCACUGUGGGCCACGCGUGAUACGGAAGAUACGAAAGGAGAUCGCGAGAAGCAUGUCAAGACGACACUUAGAGAGCUUGUUGUCUACUUUGUAUUCCUGAUCAUUCUGUGUGUUUUGACCUUCGGAAUGACAAGUACGACGAUGUAUUACUACACCAAGGUAAUGAGCGAACUAUUUCUGGACGCCCAAUUCCCGGACACCAAGAACACUUUCCGUGGCAUGACAACUAUGAUGGACUUCUGGAGAUUCGUUGAGACACCUCUGAUGGAUGGACUGUAUUGGGAGACAUGGUAUAAUGACCGCAACGUCACAGACUCUGAGCUUGGAUAUAUUUUCUAUGAGAAUAAACUCCUCGGAAUUCCCCGUCUCAGACAACUCAAGGUUCUGAACAAUUCCUGCGUUGUACAUGACGACUUCAAGAAAGAUAUCACUCAGUGCUAUGACAACUAUGCUGAGAGUAUUGAAGAUAAGAACCCAUUCGGCAAGAUGAAUGGCUCUGCUUGGACCUAUAAUACUGAAGCGGAACUAGAUGGUUCAAGUCAUGCUGGUCUCAUAGAGACCUAUGGAGGUGGUGGUUACAUUGCGAACUUGGCACGAAAGAAAGCAGAAUCUCUGGAAAUUCUGAAGGAACUGAGGGAGAACCUUUGGUUGGAUCGUGGUACCAGAGCUGUGUUCAUAGACUUCACUGUCUAUAAUGCCAACAUUAACCUGUUCUGCGUUGUUCGCCUCGUCGUUGAAUUCCCUCCCACAGGAGGUGCCAUCCCACAAUCCAGUUUCCGAACAGUCAAAUUGAUCCGAUAUGUCUCUGUCUCAGAUUUCUUUGUGUUGGCCUGUGAAUGCAUCUUUGCUCUGUUCAUUCUGUACUACAGCGUUGAGGAAAUUAUUGAGAUCAAGCGUCACAGACUGGCUUACUUCAAGAAGGUCUGGAACAUCCUCGACAUCCUUGUCAUCCUCAUCUCCAUUGUGUGCAUCGCUUUCAACGUCUACAGGACCAUUGCUGUUGGAGAUAUGCUCUCAACCCUUCUUGACACACCUGAUAAGUUCCCUGACUUCGAGUUCUUGAGUUACUGGCAAGUGCAGUUCAACAGCGCUGUUGCCAUCGCUGUUUUCUUGGCCUGGAUCAAGGUGUUCAAAUACAUCAGCUUCAACAAGACAAUGACCCAGCUCUCCUCCACCUUGGCUCGAUGCAGCAAGGACUUGGCUGGAUUCGCCAUCAUGUUCUUCAUCAUCUUCUUGGCUUUCGCUCAGCUUGGUUACCUUAUCUUCGGUACUCAGGUCCGUGAUUUCAGCACCUUCGGAAAUGCCAUCUUCACUUUGUUCCGUAUCAUCCUUGGUGACUUCAACUUCCAUGAGCUGGAAAAUGCCCACCGUGUCCUUGGACCCACCUACUUCAUCUUGUAUGUGUUCUUCGUGUUCUUUGUUCUCUUGAACAUGUUCUUGGCCAUCAUUAAUGACACCUACUCUGAAGUGAAAGCUGACAUCGCCAACCAGAAGAACGAGUUUGAAAUGGGUGACUAUUUCAAGAGAGGCUAUGACAAAAUGAUGGACAAACUCAACUUCAAGCGUGACAAGAUCAUUGACAUCCAGAAAGCCCUCGUCACAGCUGACAUCAACAAUGACAAACAAUUGGACUUUGAUGAAUGGCGUCAGGAUCUCAAGACUCGUGGUUAUGCCGAAGCUGAAAUCGAGGCUGUGUUUGCCAAAUAUGAUCUGGAUGGAGACAGAAUUCUCGAUGAAGGGGAGCAGAGGAAAAUGCAGGCAGAUCUGGAAGGACAAAAGGAGCAACUGAACAAGGAAUUUGAAGAACUGGAAGAAAAAGCACAAAACAAACGCCAAGAUGUCACACGGGGCAGUCGCGUCAGCUUUGGCGAGGACAGCGGUGAAGAUUCAGAUGAUGAAGAAAGUGGCACUAAAUCAUCCCGUAGUGGACGUGCAGUCAACGGUGUAUCAUACGAAGAAUUCACAGUCCUGUCCAGGCGGGUAGACAGAAUGGAACACAGUAUAGGCAGCAUAGUCUCAAAAAUAGACGCUGUCUUAGUCAAGUUAGAAGCAAUGGAAAAAGCAAAAUUAAAAAGAAGAGAAACAAUGGGAAAAAUAUUAGAUAGUAUAACAGAGUCGGAUGGACACACGGAUGAAGCAAAAAGAGACCAAAUGGAAAAAUUAGUUCGAGAAGAACUUGAAAGAUGGGAUAGUGAGCCAUCUAUAGGUGGGAGUCCCCGGGGGACGUCACCCACAGGCAGUAAUGGCCAGGGUGGCGGCGCUAGGACCAGAAGCUCCAGACCAAGUUCUGGCAAUCAGAAUGUUUAAGACUGGACAUACUGGAGAGAAUGAACAUCAGUAACAUAUAACUGCAGAUAUAAUAGCCAAUCGCAGGAAAAGACACUAUAAAACAGUCUACUCACGUAUAUUACAAAGACUGCAGAAAAAACUAUAAAAACAUGAAGAAUAUUUAUUAAAAUUACAUGUUAUUGAUAUUUGAUACAGUGAUAUGUAGCUGUAUCAUAUGUUAUUAUUAUUAUAUCAAACCCCUUUCAUCUAUCAUUUUGUUAUAUAUUUCCCCUUACAUUAAUGUAUAUUUUUUGUAUAGAAGUUUAUUUUAUUACUAUCAACGGACGUGUGAUGAGUUCGGGGCUGGGUAAAUCAAAAUCUAGAUAUCAAAACAAAUAAACUUGACAAACUACUUGAAAUCAAAUCAUAUCUUGUUUUAAAUUGGUGGUUCAAUUAAAAUAGGACAAUGAUUGUAAACAAUAUACUGAAGAGCUCAUAAAUGAUAUGAUAUAUUGAUAUAGGUUUUUGAUUUACCCAGUCCCGUUUAACAAGGUAUAAAAGUAUUUGGAUCCAUGGGUAUACAUGCACAGUUGCAUUAUAUUAUGAGCUUGUUAGGUUGUUGCGUUCAUCGCCUCAUUUAUAUUAUACAUUAUAUAUGCAUUUUAUAUUUCUGAGAAAUAGUCAUACACCCUACCAUUUUCGGUCUCAUCUGGAAAUUUAAUAAGAGAAAUAGACUAUGUAGUCUUGUACAUACUUUAUGUAUUGGCAUUUAUCCUCCUGUAACUACUAACAUAACAAAUAAUCCAUAAGAAAAAUACUAACAGCAUAAUUUUGCUUAAAAUAUAAAAGGAUGACUUUCCGGUGCUAAGAGUCUUGAGAUAUUAGAUUUCCAGUUGCAUAAUAACAAAAAGGAUGAACUUUCCAGUGUCUCAAAACUUUACUUGAUUUGAAUGUUUUGAAGAUUGAUGAUUGAACACAUGAGACUGGUGCUUUGUGUUGGUUGGAUGUAACCCCAUGGGAUUUUUUGCUGAUAUGUUUCAGAUUUUACAAAUGUAUGAAUUAUUUAAAAUAUUUUCAAGUACUGUAUUAUUUUAGUUAUAUAUUUAAUGUGUAAUAUUUGAAUUUUGAAAUCUUGAUCAUUGAACGAAAUUUCUUUCUAUUUAGUCAAGAUAUGAGAAAUAUUCCAUGGGGUAACUUCGAGAAGCUCAUAAUUUUUGACACAUUGUGACAUUUUAAGUUUUAUGAGAUUUUACUCUUUUUCGCUCUGAAUUUUAUUUUGUUGCAUUUUAUUUUAGUCCCUAUAUACUUGGUGAUCUAUGGAUUAAAGAUCUGAUUUACUUCCUCAACUAAAGAUCUGAUUGUUAUUAACCCUUGUUAUCCCAAAGAUCUGAUUGUUAACCCUUGUUAUCCUGGACUAUAAAACAUGGAACUUUUUACUUACUGCUGAUAUAGUGUAUUUCAUAUACAAGUUCUCUAAAAGUUUUUUCAAAAACUUCAGUAUUGAAUAAUUGAAUUACAUUGGCUAUUAUCCAUCUUAGCUUUCAUGGGGAAUAAGUAUAUGAAACAUUCUGUAAAAUUUCUUUGUGAAUUUUUGAAGUAACUUGCCAUAAAUGUAUUUAUAAAUGUGUGAGACUUUAGAAGUUGAAGUUUUCUUUCCCCAAAAUAUUUCACAGUGGUCACUUUUCUUCAAUUUUUCUACAAAAUCCUCAAAAUGUUUAAUCCAAUGCUGCCAAUAUUCACCUUGUAUUUUAACCUGAGUUACUAUUUGUUGAGGAUACCAUCAUCUCAUUCGAUUAUUUUCUAAUUGUUAAUUUUCACAUGAAACGUGACUGUUGUGAAUAUUUUGCGUUGGUUUCCCUCAAAUCCCGACAGUGAACACUGCUGAUCUUUUGAUGUGUCUUAUAGAUAAUGGGAAAUAAUCUCAUAUUUUUCAUGGAUUUCAUAUGAAAAGUCAGAUCUGUGUCUCUGUCUGAAGUAAAUGAGCUAGUGUCCUUGAUAGACCAUAUGAAAGCAUGAUAAGUAUUAGGUUCAAUAGGUGCGUUCUUAGGUCCUUUUUGAUGCAUACACACCUUUGUAACAGUUUAUGGGGCACAGCAGGAUGACUAAAUGCCAGAACAUUGGUAUAUGCUUUGAAAGAGGCAUUCUAUUGUCAUAUUGUUGCAAAU